UCUUUCCCGCUCCCGGCGCCUGGCCGAGAGCUCGUCGCGGCAGCUUCAAAGCUGUCAACGUUUCCCUUAGUCCCCCGUACCAGUGACAGGUCGGAGAAGUCUUUCAUUUCCUCCACAGGUCAGGGCCUCCUUUUGUUGUUUCUUGACGGUUCGGACACAAACUCUCUUGGUGUUUUUUUUUUUUUUUUUUAAACAGUUUCCGGAUGACUGUGUUCAGACGGAGUAUUUUAAUCAAUGGGAUUUGUGUUUAUAGUAGAGGCCAGAUAUUUAAGUGUCUUGACUGCAACACCGCAAAGAAUCGAGGUUUUUAAACUCUGUACAUUUCCUGGUUUUAAAUAUUUUUAUCUCUCGUAAAACUUUUUGCUGAAAGAGAAGCAUAAUUUUGUUGUUAUAGAGUAAAUAUGGGUGAUUUAGAGGGGAAUAAAGAUUGGCAAAAACGUGGAAGAAAUGGUGAAAAACAAAUAAAUACACAGGUUAGUGGAUAUAGAAAUUACUAUAAUUUAUAGAAACGUGUUGGAGUAAAACAUUUUUAACUAAUUUUCCAACAAACUAGGGCUUCUCAAAGAUGAUUUUUCCAUUUAGUAGUGUACACUUUCCCAAAUACAAUUUAGAAGCAAAUUGGAUUCAAUAAAAAUAUAAAAGAGUAGUAUAAUCUUUGCUUUACUGUUUGUUAACAGAUUGCCCGUAUUUUAAGAUCCAAACGAAGAUUGUAAAGUAUCUUUUGAAGAAGUAUUUCAAGUUAAAACAGUAACAAAAACGUGUGUGGAUAAUGGAAGGGCCUUGACCACUUUCUUUGGCUUUGGGAGUGUACAAAGUACCUCAAAUGUUAAUAUUUUAUCCAAAUCCCCAAGAUUAGUAAAUUAUGGUGUAUUUGUAUGAUAGACUGCUGUCAAGCUGUCAACACCAUGUGGCAGAAUGUUUACUUGGAAGAAUCUUGCCAAAGUUAAAACUGCAAAAUAAUACAUAUGGUUUGUUAAUGCUUUUGUGAAAAAAAAGGCAACUAAGACAUAGAAUAAAUACUGAAAGCUGUGAACACCAGUGUUAAAGGUGAAUUUUCUCUGGGAAGUAGGAUUAUAAGUGAUUUUUCUUUUCCCUUUGAAUCUUCUGUUUUCCACAAUUUUUGUUUUAAGCAUGUAUUACAGUACUAAGUAUCACUAGAAAUACGGCAGAGUACUGAAAGUUUAUAAACUGUCAAAAUAGACAAUUUGGCUAUACUGAGUAAAUGUUUUCUUAGUUGCACGUUACAAAGUUAUUCUUUACUGUCCACUGUAAUUUAUCAUUGGUUGUCUGACUUUUGGACAUGUGACUGUAAUCAGUGCCAUUUUAAAACUUGUAAUUGAGCUCCAGAAUCAAUCUUUCUUCUUCCUGGAAACAGAAUUGCUAAAGAGAUGCUUACAGGCCUUUUAAACUAUACAAAUAAAAGUUUUUUUUAAUGUCUUACUUAAGUGCACUUUUAAUAUGUUUUUUUAAAAAGAUACGUUGAUCGCGCAAACUAUACCAAGUAUAUUCUAUGAGUCAAGGCUACAAAAAUGAAGUAAAUGCUGUUUCUGUGCCCACGGAGCAUGCAAUCCUAGAGUUGAAACUUAACAUUUUUGUUGUGCUUUGACGUUUCAAAGUGAUGUCAUGUACAUUUCACUAUCACAGCUAUCCCGGGGAGACAUGUACAUUUUACUGCUCUCCUUUUAGAAAUGAAGAAAUGAAUCUGAGAGGUUGUGACUCAAGUAACAUCAAACAGAUAAUUGCGGGUGGAAAACCUGGGACUGCUAUUCUGGUCUUCUGAGCUCAGGUCCUAUUGCUCUUGCCACCCACUUGGCCACAGGCCUUUCUUGCCAGACUUCCAAAAUACAUUUUAAAAUGUGUCCUUUGAAUAAGAAAAUAUUUGAAAAUUGUCAUUAAGUUGCAUCUUUUUCUUGUCCUAUCAAAGUAAAUUAAUAAUUCAAGGAGUUUUAGAUAUUGUAUGGUCUAAGCUGUAUACACACAGACACCAAUGACUUACUUUUUUUGUCAUUUGAUUUUCAGUGGAUUGUUUAUAAAAGUUAUUUUGAUCUCCUGCCAAAAUGGUUGAAGGCUUUUUUUUUCACCUUUCUAAACUUGUUUAUGGUGUCUUUCCAAUGCUGAUAGGACUUUUGGAAAUAAAUGUCUUUCUCUGCAUUUUUUGGGGGUAGAGGAAUUUUUUCCAGACUCUGCUCACAUGAGCCGUUCUCGGUUUGUUCCAGCUUCCCAACACUUGGUGUCACAUGUGAGCCUUCCACGUGUGUUCACUCUCCAUUCCAGCUCUGUGAUUGAACUCUGCUUUUAUUGAUUAGGGGGCAGUGGGCAGGCAUGCUUCAUUCCUGGAAUUGACAGUCAUUCCAUGUGAGUAAAGGGGAACCUCAGUGAGACCACUUUAAGCAUAUGAAAAGCAUUUGGUUUUAAAAUGGAAGAAGUGGCCGGUACUGUUAGUGCCUGAGCUUUUGUGGCAGUUUGAUUGGCACAAGAGAACUGAUAUGCGUAUUUUCUCCAGUUCUCUUAUCUUUCUUUAGCAGUUCUAAUUGAAUGUUUUCUAUCUAUUCGUACUCAUUUUUCUCCUUCUGACCCUUCUGUUUUUAUUUCCCCUUUCUCUGCCUUGUUCUUCUCUUUCAGUUUUGAAUAUAUUAACACUGAAUCAGCACUUCUAAAGCCCUGCCUUCUCCCACUGGCUUCACUGGCCUUCAGACAUAAUGAGGAGACUGGCUUUUCGAGGCGCUGGUUGUGCUCUGGUAAAGCUGAAGAAGUUGGAUUCCAUGGGUUCCAAGAGGAGAAGAGCUACCUCCCCUUCCAGUAGUGUCAGCGGGGACUUUGAUGAUGGGCACCAUUCUGUGUCCACACCAGGCCCAAGCAGGAAAAGGAGGAGACUUUCCAAUCUUCCGACUGUAGAUCCUAUUGCUGUGUGCCAUGAACUCUACAACACCAUCCGAGACUAUAAGGAUGAGCAGGGCAGGCUCCUCUGUGAGCUCUUCAUUAGGGCACCGAAGCGAAGAAAUCAACCAGAUUAUUAUGAAGUAGUUUCUCAGCCCAUUGACUUGAUGAAAAUCCAGCAGAAACUAAAAAUGGAAGAGUAUGAUGAUGUUAAUCUGCUGACUGCUGACUUCCAGCUGCUCUUUAACAAUGCAAAGGCCUAUUAUAAGCCAGAUUCUCCUGAAUAUAAAGCUGCUUGUAAACUCUGGGAUUUGUACCUUCGAACAAGAAAUGAGUUUGUUCAGAAAGGAGAAGCAGAUGAUGACGAUGAUGAUGAGGAUGGGCAAGACAAUCAAGGCACAGUGACUGAAGGAUCUUCUCCAGGUUACUUGAAGGAGAUCCUGGAGCAGCUUCUUGAAGCCAUAGUUGUAGCCACAAAUCCGUCAGGACAUCUCAUUAGUGAACUUUUUCAGAAACUGCCUUCUAAAGUGCAAUAUCCAGACUAUUAUGCAAUAAUUAAGGAACCUAUAGAUCUCAAGACCAUUGCCCAGAGGAUACAGAAUGGAAGCUACAAGAGUAUUCAUGCAAUGGCCAAAGAUAUAGAUCUCCUAGCAAAAAAUGCCAAAACUUAUAAUGAGCCUGGUUCUCAAGUAUUCAAGGAUGCAAAUUCUAUUAAAAAAAUAUUUUAUAUGAAAAAGGCAGAAAUUGAACAUCAUGAAAUGGCUAAGUCAGGCCUUCGAAUGAGGACUUCAUCAAAUUUGGCUGCAGCCAGGCUGACAGGUCCUUCGCACAGUAAAGGCAGCCUUGGUGAAGAGAGAAAUCCCACUGGCAAGUAUUACCGUAAUAAAAGAGCAGUCCAAGGGGGUCGUUUAUCAGCAAUUACCAUGGCACUUCAGUAUGGCUCAGAAAGUGAAGAGGAUGCUGCUGUAGCUGCAGCACGUUAUGAAGAAGGAGAGUCGGAAGCAGAGAGCAUUACUUCAUUUAUGGAUGUUUCAAAUCCUUUUUAUCAGCUUUAUGACACAGUUAGGAGCUGUCGGAAUAACCAAGGGCAGCUAAUAGCUGAACCUUUUUUCCAUUUACCUUCAAAGAAAAAAUACCCUGAUUAUUAUCAGCAAAUUAAAAUGCCCAUAUCGCUACAACAGAUCAGAACAAAGCUGAAGAACCAAGAAUAUGAAACUUUAGAUCAUUUGGAGUGUGAUCUGAAUUUAAUGUUUGAAAAUGCCAAACGCUAUAAUGUUCCCAAUUCGGCCAUCUAUAAGCGAGUUCUAAAAUUGCAGCAAGUCAUGCAGGCAAAGAAGAAGGAGCUUGCCAGGAGAGACGACAUUGAGGAUGGAGACAGCAUGAUUUCUUCAGCCACCUCUGAUACUGGUAGUGCCAAAAGAAAAAGGAACACUCUUGACAGUGAGAUGUUGGGUCUCAGGAGGCUAUCCAGUAAAAAGAACAUAAGAAAGCAGCGAAUGAAAAUCUUAUUCAAUGUUGUUCUUGAAGCUCGUGAGCCAGGUUCAGGCAGAAGACUUUGUGAUCUAUUUAUGGUUAAACCAUCCAAAAAGGACUAUCCUGAUUAUUAUAAAAUCAUUUUGGAGCCAAUGGACUUGAAAAUAAUUGAGCAUAACAUCCGCACUGACAAAUACGCAGGGGAAGAGGGAAUGAUAGAAGACAUGAAACUGAUGUUCCGGAAUGCCAGGCACUACAACGAGGAGGGCUCCCAGGUAUACAACGAUGCGCAUAUCCUGGAGAAGUUACUCAAGGAUAAAAGGAAAGAGCUGGGCCCACUGCCUGAUGAUGAUGACAUGGCUUCUCCCAAACUCAAGCUGAGUAGGAAGAGUGGCAUUUCUCCUAAAAAAUCAAAAUACAUGACUCCAAUGCAGCAGAAACUAAAUGAAGUCUAUGAAGCUGUAAAGAACUAUACUGAUAAGAGGGGUCGCCGCCUCAGUGCCAUAUUUCUGAGGCUUCCCUCCAGAUCUGAGCUGCCUGACUACUAUCUGACCAUUAAAAAACCCAUGGACAUGGAAAAAAUUCGAAGUCACAUGAUGGCCAACAAAUACCAAGAUAUAGACUCCAUGGUUGAGGACUUCGUCAUGAUGUUUAACAAUGCCUGUACAUACAAUGAGCCUGAGUCUUUGAUCUACAAAGAUGCCCUUGUCCUACACAAAGUCCUGCUUGAAACUCGGAGAGACCUAGAGGGAGAUGAGGACUCUCAUGUCCCAAAUGUGACCUUGCUGAUUCAAGAGCUUAUCCACAAUCUUUUUGUGUCAGUCAUGAGUCAUCAGGAUGAUGAGGGAAGAUGCUACAGUGACUCCUUAGCAGAAAUUCCUGCUGUGGAUCCCAACUUUCCCAACAAGCCUCCUCUUACUUUUGACAUAAUUAGGAAGAAUGUUGAAAAUAAUCGCUACCGGCGGCUUGAUUUAUUUCAAGAGCAUAUGUUUGAAGUAUUGGAAAGGGCAAGAAGGAUGAAUCGGACAGAUUCUGAAAUAUAUGAAGAUGCAGUAGAACUUCAGCAGUUUUUUAUUAAAAUUCGUGAUGAACUCUGCAAAAAUGGAGAGAUCCUGCUUUCCCCAGCACUCAGCUAUACCACAAAACAUUUGCAUAAUGACGUAGAGAAAGAGAAAAAAGAAAAAUUACCAAAAGAAAUAGAGGAAGAUAAACUAAAGCGAGAAGAAGAAAAAAGAGAAGCUGAAAAGAGUGAAGAUUCCUCAGGUGCUGUAGGCCUCUCAGGCUUACAUCGCACAUACAGCCAGGACUGCAGCUUUAAGAACAGCAUGUACCAUGUUGGUGAUUACGUCUAUGUGGAGCCCGCAGAAGCCAACCUACAACCACAUAUAGUCUGUAUUGAGAGACUGUGGGAAGAUUCUGCUGGUGAAAAAUGGUUGUAUGGCUGUUGGUUUUAUCGGCCAAAUGAAACAUUCCAUCUGGCUACACGAAAAUUUCUAGAAAAGGAAGUUUUUAAGAGUGACUAUUAUAAUAAAGUUCCCGUUAAUAAAAUUCUAGGAAAAUGUGUGGUCAUGUUUGUCAAGGAAUACUUUAAAUUAUGCCCAGAAAACUUUCGAGAUGAGGAUGUUUUUGUCUGUGAAUCACGAUAUUCUGCCAAAACCAAAUCUUUUAAGAAAAUUAAAUUGUGGACCAUGCCCAUCAGCUCAGUUAGAUUUGUUCCUCGGGACGUGCCCUUGCCUGUGGUCCGAGUGGCCUCUGUAUUUGCAAAUGCAGAUAAAGGGGAUGAUGAGAAGAACACAGACAACUCAGAGGACAGUCGAACUGAAGACAGCUUUAACUUGGAAAAGGAGAAAGAAGAUGUCCCUGUGGAAAUGUCGAACGGUGAACCAGGUUGCCACUACUUCGAGCAGCUCCGUUAUAAUGACAUGUGGCUGAAGGUUGGCGACUGUGUCUUCAUCAAGUCCCAUGGCCUGGUGCGCCCUCGCGUGGGCAGAAUUGAAAAGGUAUGGGUCCGAGAUGGAGCCGCAUAUUUUUAUGGCCCCAUCUUCAUUCACCCAGAAGAGACGGAACAUGAGCCCACAAAAAUGUUCUACAAAAAAGAAGUGUUUCUGAGUAAUCUGGAGGAAACCUGCCCCAUGACAUGUAUUCUGGGAAAGUGUGCUGUGUUGUCAUUCAAGGACUUCCUCUCCUGCAGGCCAACUGAAAUACCAGAAAAUGACAUUCUGCUUUGUGAGAGCCGCUACAAUGAGAGUGAUAAGCAGAUGAAAAAAUUCAAGGGACUGAAGAGGUUUUCACUGUCUGCUAAAGUGGUAGAUGAUGAAAUUUAUUACUUCAGAAAACCAAUUGUUCCUCAGAAGGAGCCAUCACCUUUGUUGGAAAAGAAGAUCCAGUUGCUAGAAGCUAAAUUUGCUGAGUUGGAAGGUGGAGAUGAUGAUAUCGAAGAGAUGGGAGAAGAGGAUAGUGAGGUCAUUGAGCCUCCUUCUCUACCUCAACUUCAGACUCCCCUGGCCAGUGAGCUGGAUCUCAUGCCCUACACACCCCCACAGUCUACCCCAAAGUCUGCCAAAGGCAGUGCAAAGAAGGAAGGCUCCAAACGGAAAAUCAACAUGAGUGGCUACAUCCUGUUCAGCAGUGAGAUGAGAGCUGUGAUUAAGGCCCAGCAUCCAGACUACUCUUUUGGGGAGCUUAGCCGACUGGUGGGGACAGAAUGGAGAAACCUUGAAACAGCCAAGAAAGCAGAAUAUGAAGAGCGGGCAGCUAAAGUUGCUGAGCAGCAGGAGAGAGAGCGAGCAGCACAGCAACAGCAGCCGAGUGCUUCUCCCCGAGCAGGCACCCCUGUGGGGGCUCUCAUGGGGGUGGUGCCACCACCAACACCAAUGGGGAUGCUCAAUCAGCAGUUGACACCUGUUGCAGGCAUGAUGGGUGGCUAUCCGCCAGGCCUUCCGCCUUUGCAGGGCCCAGUUGAUGGCCUUGUUAGCAUGGGCAGCAUGCAGCCACUUCACCCUGGGGGGCCUCCACCCCAUCAUCUUCCGCCAGGUGUGCCCGGCCUCCCGGGCAUCCCACCACCGGGUGUGAUGAACCAAGGAGUGGCCCCUAUGGUAGGGACUCCAGCACCAGGUGGAAGUCCAUAUGGACAGCAGGUAGGAGUUUUGGGGCCUCCAGGGCAGCAGGCACCACCUCCAUAUCCUGGCCCACAUCCAGCAGGCCCUCCCAUCAUACAGCAGCCAACAACGCCCAUGUUCGUGGCUCCCCCACCGAAGACCCAACGGCUUCUCCACUCAGAGGCCUACCUGAAAUACAUUGAAGGACUCAGUGCUGAGUCCAACAGCAUUAGCAAGUGGGACCAGACCCUGGCAGCUCGAAGACGUGAUGUCCAUUUGUCGAAAGAACAGGAGAGCCGCCUACCCUCUCACUGGCUGAAAAGUAAAGGGGCCCACACCACCAUGGCAGAUGCCCUCUGGCGCCUUCGGGAUUUGAUGCUCCGAGACACUCUAAACAUUCGCCAAGCAUACAAUCUAGAAAACCUUUAAUCACAUCAGUUACGUUUCUUUUAUAGAAGCAUAAAGAGUUUUGUGGAACAGUAGCCAUUUUAGUUACUGGGGGUGGGGGGAGGAACAAAAGAUGAUAAUUUUUAUUGCAUUUUACUGUACAUCACAAGGCCAUUUUUAUAUGAGGACACUUUUAAUAAGCUAUUUCAAUUUGUUUUUGUUAUAUUAAGUUGACUUUAUCAAAUACACAAAGAUUUUUUUGCA